AUGAAUUCCAACGACCAGAAUCGUGGUGGAGUCGCCGAUAAAGCCCUUCAACUCGUGCUCGAGAUGAAAAGAAACCCAGAUAUGAUGCCUCCAUAUAAUACAGAUCUAAUGCGACAAUGCCAGCAAAAAAUCGACGAAUUGUUUCAGAAAAAUGCUGCCGAAGUUCAAAAAAUCAGCGCCGGCCUUCCCCACGAUCCCACUCUUCUUCAUCCCCGUCUAGGAGCAAUGAUUCACAUUCGUCGCUGUAUGCUGGCGUACAUCAACGAACGGAAGAAUCGAAUCCGAUCGUACCGAUGGCGAUACGGAGGAGCUCUUCCAGUCUCUGUCAGAAACGCACUUUGCGACGCAGAAAUCCAAUUUUUCAACGAGUACUCUGGCACGUUGGCCAGAUUUCAGCAGGGUCUUGGCGAAGGUGGUGUCAACUUGCUGUUGCACACCGCACCGCCCAAAACACUCUUCGUACAAGUUCGAUCGCUUGAGGAUUUCGGAGAAUUCGAGACAAUGGACGGGAAUCUCGUUCAGUUGACUAAGGAUAGCUUGCACUCCCUCCCUCGUCAAGACUGCGAAAUGCUCAUCCGUCAAGGUGUUCUCGAGCUCGUUCAUUAA